AUGACUGCAUCUAGACAACUCGGAGUACAACAGUCCGAGGGACGCCGGAGCUCAGUGAGCCGACCAGAGACGGAUAUUGGCAAUAGCGUACUGUUGUGCGACGCUAUCACAUUCUUCAAUUUAUCGCCAUCUGCUUUUUGUUUUCGCCGACUCAAAGAAGCCUUUCGGAUCUGGAGAAACCGUCAAUUCCUCAUCAAUACGCUCUUGAUGGCGCAACAAGCCAUCCACAGUAAGGAUGCCUCCCCUCCGGAGGAAGCUCCUGUGUCGGAAUCUGGGGGGUUCCAUGUGAUUUUCAAGAAUCCGUAUUUGUUUGGGGUCGCUUUGUUCGCCUCUCUCGGUGGCCUUCUCUUUGGUUAUGACCAAGGCGUUGUCUCAGGAGUACUCACGAUGGAGUCUUUUGGAGCAUUAUUCCCCAGGAUAUAUUCAGAUAGUAGUUUUAAAGGAUGGUUUGUGUCAACGCUGUUGUUGGCUGCCUGGCUCGGUUCAUUGGUGAAUGGUCCUUUCGCAGACUAUAUUGGCAGGAAAUUGUCCAUUAUCGUUUCUGUUGUUGUUUUCUUAGUGGGUUCCGCCAUUCAAGCCGGAGCUGUCAAUCUAGGGAUGCUUUUUGUAGGCCGAGCAGUUGCUGGGUUCGCAGUUGGGCAAUUGACUAUGGUUGUUCCGCUGUAUAUCAGUGAGGUUUCGUUGCCAGCAAGCAGGGGUGGGCUUAUAGUUCUCCAACAGUUAUCUAUUACCGUGGGUAUUCUCCUCAGCUAUUGGAUUGAUUACGGCACAAAUUAUAUUGGCGGCUCGCGAUGUGCUCCCAACAUCCCACACUCAGGCGGGAACCCCAGCUCUCCUGCUUUUGAUCCAUAUAAUGAUGUAGAUCCAAACGGCUGCGACGGCCAGUCUGAUGCUUCUUGGAGGAUUCCAUUCGCCCUUCAAAUCAUUCCUGCCAUUAUCUUGGGAGCCGGUAUGAUAUUAUUCCCCGAUUCCCCCCGAUGGCUACUCAUGAAAGACCGAGACGAGGAUGCGCUUGCAACCUUGGGGAAACUUCGACGGCAGCCGACAGAUGCCCCAACUUUGGUGGCUGAGUAUUUGGAAAUCAAGGCUUCUGUGAUCGUUGAAAACACAUUUGCUGCGCAGAAAUAUGCUGGUAUGAGCGGCGUAAAGCUGCAUGCGGCCCAGCAGAAUUACUUAACAUUCUCCCAGUAUUACUCCCUUACCUCACUCCUUGCGACGGGCGUCUACGGAAUUGUCAACUGUCUCAGCACCCUCCCGGCUCUCUUCUGGAUCGACAAGGUUGGCCGCAGGGUUCUUCUCAUGUGCGGUGCCACAGGGACCUGCAUUUCGCUUGUCAUCGUAGGAGCCAUUAUUGGCAACUACGGAUCGGCUCUUGUUGACCAUGCGGGUGCCGGCUGGGCCGGCAUUGCAUUUAUAUACAUCUACGAUAUCAAUUUUUCCUAUUCAUUUGCAGCACCAAUCGGUUGGGUCCUCCCUUCCGAAAUCUUCAAUCUCUCCAUCCGUUCAAAGGCAAUCUCGAUAACCACCUCGACAACCUGGAUGUGUAAUUUCAUCAUCGGUCUCGUUACCCCGGACAUGCUCGAAAGCAUAACUUGGGGUACGUAUAUAUUCUUCGCCGCCUUCUGUCUGCUUGCGCUGGCAUUCACGUUCUUGUCAUUCCUGAAACGGGAGGGAAGACGCUAG